AUGGCGCCGCCGAGGAUGGACUUCCGCACGGCCGUGUUCUUCCUCCUGACCACCUCGUGCAUCGCGAGCGCGUUCGCGUGCUUCGUCGGCUCGUUCGGCAUCCCCGGCCUCAGGCGCGUCACGAGCCCGGCGUACCGCGCGUCGCUCGCGUCCGCCGGCAUCGCGUUCGCGUACCGCCUCCUCUACUCCUCGAAGCUCGAGAAGAGAGACUUCGCGUCGGCGCGGAAGCUCGUCGCGACGCAGACGUCCACGAACGGGUUCCACUACCUGCUCUACAUCGCGUGCUUCUGGAUGGCGCCGCGCCCGGUGCCGACGGUCCUGGCGCCGCUCGCGCUGUGCGCGGGAUUGCAGUGGAUCACGAUCGCGCACAAACACUUCGCACAUACGCGCUUCUACGGAACGUUGAAGCUCGCCGCGCUGCACGCGCGAGCGCAGGAGGGGAUGAUGCAGGCGAUGAUGACGUGCGCGACGAUGGAGAUAUCCAUGGCGAUGGUGCUCGUCAUGGAGCUGUUCACGCCGGCGCGGUCCGUCGCGCGGUUCGUCGCCUACGCGAAUUAUCUCCGAAUGCGAUACGCGUGCGACGACGACACCGUGUUCAGGAUCAAGUACACGUACAUGAACUCGGGGUUCUACCACAGAGAGUUUUGGAAGAAGAUCGGCGAGGGCGCGGGGCCGAUCGUCGAUCGGUUGGGGCCGGUGAAGGGAGUCGUGGACGCGGUCAAGCGGUGGUUCACCGCGGGGUUGAAGAACAAAUCCGGCGCGAAAACCGCGUAG